AUCCACCGCAUCAUGCCUCGACUUUGUCAACCCAAAAACUCCAUUUUAUCAUGAAUGGAAAGUGAAAAAAAACAGAUUCGCUUAAAUUGGGAUCCUUCUCGGCCGGAGUAAGUAGUAGAAGAAACAGGAGUGAAGGGACAAGUUGGGAGGCGUACAAUGACCAUGACUGCAAUGUCAGAAAACCUCAACACCCCCGUCUCGGGUAAAGCAGUCUUUAUGGAGUUUGGACCACCAAGUCAACAAAUGUCGCCUCCCAUGUCUCACGGACAUUACUCCAUGCACUGUUUACAUUCCGCCGGCCACUCUCAACAUGACAGUUCCUACAACAAUGUUUCGUCCUUCUCUCGCUCCCUGGGCUACCCCUACGUUAACUCAGUCAACAACCAUUCCGCCAACCCUUACAUCAGUUCAGUGCAGUCGUACCAAAGCAACUCGAAUCUGGCCCACACGCGGCUGGAGGAUACAGGAACAGAAUCAGAUAAAGGUACCGUGGUGGAGAGUGGGGAAGUUAGGUUUAACGGGAAAGGGAAAAAGAUUCGCAAACCCCGAACCAUUUACUCCAGUCUGCAACUGCAAGCAUUGAACAGGCGGUUCCAACAAACCCAAUACCUCGCUUUGCCCGAAAGAGCGGAACUUGCUGCUUCCCUGGGUUUGACCCAAACGCAGGUAAAAAUAUGGUUCCAGAACAAACGCUCGAAGUUCAAAAAGCUGAUGAAGCAGGGAAACGGCGCGUUGGAAAGCAGCGUCCUUGCAAAUGGCAGGGGCCUGUCGGGAUCAUCCCCGCCAGUUCCUCCGGUCUGGAACACCUCAUCUGUGGGCAAGACUUCCACAGGGACCCAGGGAAACUACAUCCCCAGCUACACGUCCUGGUACCCUCCAGCGCACCAGGAAUCUAUGCAACAACCUCAACUGAUGUAAAAUAGCCGCCCUUUUUUUGGAAAAAAAAGGCAAAGGACACUAAUCCAAGAAAGCAGUUUCUGAAGUGCACCAGGCACUGAGCAGACAUGCACAGAUGUGAUGCGGAGCGAGUUCCCAGUGAUGAACAGCUGUCAGAUCGGCGAAAUUUCUAUUAGAAUUCGUUUGGAACAGGCUGUGGGCAGGGAGACUCCGGGGUGUUCUUCCCCGGGACAGUUAGAAAGCCUUUGUUACAAGUUCGUUGUAUUCAUCCUAUUCAGAUAUAGGCAGGCUUUAUAUCGAGUGCAGACUCCCCAUUUAGGAUGUUAGGUCUGUAAACGGGUGACUGCCAGGCAGCGCAGAGGUCAUAACAGUGGGAAAGUUCUUAGUGCACGCGGUCGUUUUUUUUUGUAAAUAUUAUUUAAAUACAAAUUUUAGUGUUUCUCUUUGUUUUUGUGGAGUGUACAUGAUGCAUAGUGAAAUGGGAUCUUAAUAUUUACCUGUGGAGAUUGAACCGUGAUACUGAAAACACAAUGUCUAGCGUUCUAAAUGUAAAGGUUUAGUUUUAUAUUGAUAAUGUUAACUUAUUGCUUUGUAUCUUUGAAUCUUUGUAAAUAUAUUAUAAAGUCCAUUCAAAACAGUAAAAUUAUGAUUUUAAACAAUGA